GGGCAUCUGACCAUUGGGGAGUAAUUAAGAAGUUACAAAAUGAAAAGCAGCGUACCUCCUCUUUUCAAGGCCCUGAUGACAUUCACGUGAAGCCUCAGACCCUCAUAGAACACAAGGGUGUGGAUGCCUACCACCCGGUACCAGAGUCCCAACGCACACUGAAAAGAACCCCUCUUGAAACCCCUCAUCCUUCACCAUCAACAUACUGACCUCUUCAUCUGCCCAUUAUGGGCAUCCCGACCACCAGGUACACACAGCCGCGUACUACAAUUGAUAUCGAAAGAAGCCGGCAGGUGGAACAAAAGAAUGAACAAGUCCGUUGUCAAUCACUGGAUCUGCCCCGCAAUGAAUCCUUCUCUCUCUCCUCUCGCCUGAAGAACUCCUUCCGCGGCCAGCGAGCUUGGCAUCUAUCGAAGAACGACGCACAUUCCGAUGAUAAGGACGAGUUAUUAUUGAGCGGGCAAGAGCCCAAAGCCUCGAACGAGCCUGCUGCACAUUCCCAACAAACGGGAAAGACGGCGUUGAAUACCCCAUCGCCAGGAAAACGAUCGCUGCGCUCGUUCCUCCACAUGGGUUCUAUAGGCAUGCGGGGUGGACGCCACUCUCAUAUGCCUGAAGAUGCCAUGACAAAAGCCGACAAGGUCAAUGGCGGGUUGGACGUGAAGGAUGAAGAGUUGAGCUGUCUGGGAGAAGUCCUACAGAGACAGCGUGCGCAAGACCAGACGACCGACAGUGCUUCGACCAUUGAACCGAAGACCUUCAACGACGACGAUGCGGAAGAUAGUGAUGAUGCAUCUCUUAGGAGACUGAUAGAGGAGUGGGGCACAUAUCACAAGGUCCUCGUCGAAUCGUACAGUCCAGGUGAAGGGGAAGAGGAUCUUUGA